AUGCAGAACGAACAGCUAAACGAAUUUACUCCAGCAGAGCAUAUUCAUCAGAUUCGCUCAUAUUUCGAUAUCAUAGACAAUGCAGUUCAAAUUGGUGACACUAAUAGAAAAUAUUCUGACGCAAAGAUUCCAUCACAACCUGGAACUGCUAAAGAUAACACAUGGGUAACAUUCAAUCUCUCACCUCCUGGUGAAAAUAUGUUGGACCUUUACAAUACAUUCAUUACGUAUAAAAUGGAAGGUCAAUUUAUUGUAGAUAAAGAAAUUGGUUCAGGUUCCAAUAAAACAAACCCACCAGGAUUUUGGAUUGGUUUCGAUGACGCUUUCUAUGCAGUUGCUGGAUAUCAAAUCCUUGCAAAUGGUCGUAUCGUAUAUUCUCAAGACAACGCAAGAGAAGAAGCAUAUAUAACUUCAAACUCACAAACUACCGAACAAAUAAAGAAAGUAGAUGUUUUCUCAAAGACUCGACAUGAAGAUGUAUGGAGUCAUUCGGGAACAUGCAGAACAGGACAAAUUGUUAGUGGUCCAAUUACAGCAGGAAAAUCAUUUGAUUUUAAGCUUCGUUUAAGAAUUCCUGUUAGAAGAUUCCUUCCAUUAGAAGCUAUUCGAUUUAUUCCAGCUUUUGGAGGAAAC